GAUGAGAGAGAGAGAGAGAGAGAGAGAGAGAGAGAGAGAGACAGCCUGAGGCAUUUAGAACACGUGGAACAUCUCUUUCGUCUUCCGACCGACAUCGUUCUUUAACAAUGGAGAAAAGGGACUUCAGUGAGAUCUCCGACACGUGCAAGUGGGAGUCGCCAGAUUACGAGCCAUGGUUUCCUGUGUCGGAGAAGUCCAACCCCCUGACUCGUGACAUCGACAAGUCCUCGCCCAAUCAUAUUGUCCGUCUGCUGGCAGCCUGCGAUGCACAGAUGUUCCAAAAGGACACAGGAACCACCUACCAGAGGCUGUUCAGUGACAGUGUGGUGUUGACCAUGCUGGAGGUGGCCAGGACGGUGGAGCAAAUUCUCAGGGACCCAGAGGAUAGUCUGGUUGUGUUGAGUGGUUGUGGAACCUCUGGUCGCUUGGCCUUCCUAAUGGCGUCAUGUUUUAACAGAGCCCUGAGAGACAGGCAGCAGAACACUGUUUAUUCUUAUAUCAUUGCUGGGGGAGACAGAGCCCUGCUCACAUCCCUGGAGGCAUCAGAGGAUGACCCCAAACUAGGCAUGCUCACACUGGAGAAGCUAUGUGAAGGAAAGAGGCGUGUCCUGUUCAUCGGCAUUUCCUGUGGCCUGUCUGCUCCAUUUGUAGCAGGACAGCUGGACUUUUGUCUGAAACACCCUGACAUCUACACUCCUGUACUGGUGGGAUUCAACCCCGUCACACAGGCCAGGGAGGAGACCAUGCCAGGCUACAGUCUGACUUUCAGGGAAGUGGUCCAGAGGAUGGAGGAGCAGAGAGGUCAAAGGGCAUUCAUCAUCAACCCAGCAGUUGGGCCAGAGGCCAUCAGUGGUUCCUCCAGAAUGAAGGGGGGCAGUGCCACCAAGAUCCUACUGGAGACUAUCCUGGCAGCCGCACACACAGCUGCCUUUACCAACACACACGUCACACGCAGAGUUCUCCUGGACAUGAUGAGAGGAUAUGAGAGAGUCUAUAGUGUCACCUACAGUCACAGUGACCAGAUAGCAACACUGCUACAGACCGCAGGACUCAGCUUGCAGUGUGGUGGACGUGUGUGUUACCUGUCCUGGGGGUCUCUAGGUUUAGUGGGACUCAUCGAUGCCAGCGAGUGUAUCCCGACAUUCGGAGCAGACUAUGAGGAUAUCCGAGGCUUCAUCAGUGGAGGAUACCAGGACAUGGACAACAUAGAGGGAGACCUCACAUCACUGGGAUCCCAGUUCUGUAUAGCCCAUGAGGACUUUGUGAGUCUGGUUCUGCCUACUUUGAGUGACAGAGACACCGUCCUACUGCUGUACACAUGUCAUGAUGACGUUGGUGAUGUAGAGAAGAUGGUCCACAGAGUGAGAGAGAAGACCUCCAACCUACACUCUCUCUAUCACGGACUAGAGGGAGACACCGCUGUUGACAGCAUUGGUCUCCUGUGUUCAUCUGUCCUCAACAUAACCUGGCCCUCCUCCUCUACUGUCCACAUGCAGUGGGAGCUGUCCAGUAAGUUGGUGCUGAAUGCUGUGAGUACAGGAAGUCACGUUUUAAAGGGAAAGAUCUACAGGAACCACAUGGUAGACCUACAGGUCACCAACAGCAAACUGUACCACAGGGCUAUACACAUACUGCAGAAGUUGUCAGGUGUCUCCCUGACCCAGUGUGAGGAGGCUCUAUUGAAGGCCAUAUAUCAUGUGGAGCAACUUCCAGAGGAUAUCACCUCAGCUGGGGUCACCACACACACACUCACCGCCAGCCGCAGGAACAGGGUGGUCCCGCUGGCGUUAGUCUGUCUGCUGAUUGGUUGCUCUCUCUCUGAGGCGGAGUCUCGUCUGGAGUCCCACCCAGUGGUGCGUGAUGCUGUAGAGGCUUGUCUGACAUCAUCACAACAUCUGACAUCAUCAGCAGGAGACCAGAACUCCACAAAUCAUUGACUUCCUACAGUUGGAAACUUUAUGAUACUAUAGUAUUAUAAUUAUACUAUACUUUGAUUAACUAUACUUUAAUAAUAUGUUUUGAUAAGAUCAGUUCGUAACCUCUAAAGGAAUGUGGUGGAUGUAACCUUAAUCAUUUAUCUUCCAUUUACUAACAUAACAAACACUACAUAGUAUGAUAACAUUCGGAAAGUAAUCAGACCCAUUGACAUUUUUCACAUUUUGUUACGUUACAGCCUUAUUGUAAAAUGGAUUAAAAAUCAUUUAAAAAUC